AUGACAGUGACGAGGGUAACAGACAAGUUGCAAUUGAAGAUUGACAGAACGGAUCAUCGACAUCAAUGGUCUUGGCGAAGUUGUUUCGCCGCUUUUAAACAUAAUAAAAAGUCGAAAAAACACAAUCGAACUCAAUCGGCAAAUUUACAACAAAAUGGGCAUACACAAACGAAACAAUUGCCAACUGUAAACGAGAAUUCCAGUCUACAGUGCAUAUCAUCAAACAUAAGCUUGACGGAUGAAUCAAUCGAUCAGUUUACGGCACCGAGUUCGUGUAUUGUCAAAGUUGAUUCGAAUGAAAAGCAAUCAGUCGAUGAAGAUAGCAUUCAACAAAUCGACAUUAAUUUACCAUUGAUGAAUCAAAAUUCGCUGUCCUCAAUACGACCAGUACAAUUAGAUGCGAUUGUUGAAGACUCAAAUGAAGAAAAUUCCGAUGGUUAUGAGGAAAUUAUUUCGGCAAAACAAUUAUGUUGCGAUCGGGAUAUUAUCACUGAUGCCAACAUGCUUUAUUCUCGUUUAUUCGACCUGAGUCAAAUGAAUCAUGUCAAAACUCAGUUCAGAGAAAAUGGCAAUUUACUCGGUGAAUUCUCUCAGCAAUUGGAAAAAUUAAAAGUGAAAACUAAUGACAUCGUGCGAACGAGUGCUCAAAUGCCACGCGAUGCUGAAUUACUCGAGGCACGAUAUUCGUCGCUAGUGGCCACGAUCGAAAGUCUUUCAAUCUUAUUACGAAUUGCUCAAAUACCUGCUUGCCGUGCAUUAGUGAAUCGUUUGUUUUUCUCGAUUGAACAACGUACGGAACAACUUAACAAACUUGUUGAACUUACAUUCAUGUCGUUAUAUAACAUCAAACAACGUUCAGAUUCUUGCGAUGAUGAUUUGUCAUCAUUUAGAAGCGCUCUGUCGUCAUACGAACAUCUUUUAACAACAUUCUCAUAA